AUGAAGUUGUCCCCGCUUGCUGCUUGGGCGACCUCUUUGACACCAGCACUUGCUGGCUUGGUCGGAUACCCCCGUGCCACUACGUUCAAUAAUCCAAUCAUCUACUCUGAUUUUCCAGACAACGAUGUCUUCCUCGGGCCUGAUAACUACUACUACUUCUCGGCUUCCAACUUCCAUUUCAGCCCCGGAGCUCCCAUUUUAAAGUCCAAAGAUCUGCUCAACUGGGACCUCAUCGGCCAUUCAAUCCCUCGUCUGAACUUUGGCGACGGCUAUGAUCUUCCUCCCAACUCGCGCUCCUACCGUGGAGGUACUUGGGCGUCAUCUCUUCGAUACAGGAAAAGCAAUGGACAGUGGUACUGGAUCGGAUGCAUCAACUUCUGGCAGACCUGGGUAUAUACCGCCUCUUCGCCCGAAGGUCCUUGGUACAACAAGGGGAAUUUUGGUGAUAACAACUGCUACUACGACAAUGGUAUACUAAUCGAUGAUGAUGAUGCCAUGUAUGUCGUAUACGGCUCCGGUGAAGUUCGAGUGGCUCAGCUGUCCCAGGACGGAUUUAGCCAAGUCAAAUCCCAAGUGGUUCUCAAGAACACUGAUAUUGGUGUCCAAGAUUUGGAAGGCAACCGUAUGUACAAGAUCAACGGGAUCUACUACAUCCUCAAUGAUAGCCCUAGCGGCAGUCAGACUUGGAUAUGGAAAUCGAAGUCGCCCUGGGGCCCUUAUGAGUCCAAGAUCCUUGCCGACAAGGUCACCCCUCCUAUCUCAGGUGGUAACUCACCUCAUCAGGGUAGUCUGAUUAAGACUCCAAGUGGUGACUGGUACUUCAUGUCUUUCACCUGGGCUUAUCCUGCCGGUCGUCUUCCUGUCCUUGCACCAAUUACGUGGGGCAACGAUGGCUUUCCAAUUCUUGUCAAGGGCGCUAAUGGCGGCUGGGGAUCGUCUUACCCAACCCUUCCUGGCACAAACGGCGUGACAAAGAACUGGACAAGAACCGAUACGUUCCUUGGAACUUCACUUGCACAGUCAUGGGAGUGGAAUCACAACCCGGACGUCAACUCUUUCACCGUCAACAACGGCCUGACUCUUCGCACUGCCAGCGUCACAAAGGACAUCUACCAGGCCAGGAAUACGCUCUCUCACCGAACCCAUGGUGAUCACCCAACCGGCAUAGUAAAGAUUGACUUCUCUCAGAUGAAGGAUGGUGAUAGAGCAGGACUUUCAGCCUUCCGUGACCAGAGUGCUUAUAUCGGCAUUCACCGAGAUAACGGAAAGUUCACAAUCGCUACGAAGCAUGGAAUGACUCAAGAUGAAUGGAACGGAGAGACGAAAGACUUGGGACAAGUCAAGGCCACUGCUGCUGUGCCUUCUGGGAAGACCAAGAUCUGGCUUAGACUUCAGCUUGACACCAACCCUGCUGGAACUGGCAACACUGUGUUCUCAUACAGCUGGGAUGGUGUCAAGUAUGAAACACUUGGACCGAACUUCAAGCUUUACAAUGGCUGGGCAUUCUUUAUUGCCUACCGUUUCGGUAUCUUCAACUAUGCUGAGACCGCUUUAGGCGGCUCGAUCAAGGUUGAGUCUUUCACGGCUGCAUAA